AUGUCAAUACCCACUACAUCUCGUAACGACAGAACUCCUUCUCCACGAUCAAGCUCAAGCGUGAAGUCAUCUAGUGGCUCGGUAAUACCUUCCACCAGUACCGCUCUCUCCUUCUCGACAACAAUCAUUUCAUCGAGCAGCACUAGCUCGAGCCGCGCAACAACCCAAACAUCACAGUCUAGUUCUUCCUCGACUCCAGAUUUGACAAGCCACCUUCUUGCUCCCAACGACACGAUCAUCCUCAUCCUCGUCGAUCUUGCCAUCCUCUUCGUCGUCGGCAUCAUCAUCCUUGACCUCAACGUCUUCUUUUUCUACGUCUUCCUCGCGUUCUUCCUCAACCUCGUUGACAUCUUCGAGGUCGUCCACAACGUCUUCGCAGUCCCAAUCCGACGACCCCACUCCAACUCCGUCUUCUUCAUCGACCCGGCCAUCGACCCGGUCAUCGACUCGGUCAUCGUCGUCGUCAUCACCAUCAUCAUCGUCAAGGAAACAUCAUCCUCAGUCUCAUCCACAUCUUUCACAGAUGCUACCAAUAUUUCAUCGUCCACAAGUUCCGCCGGUCACUCAUACCCUCCAUCAUCUUCCCCGUCGACGUCGGAGCCGACGAGCUUCACGGAUGCAACACGCAUCUCCUCUUCACCUACUCCUACCACCCCACCUUCGCCGACGAAAUCAUACUACGGAGGUGACAAGACCGAUACGAUUACCGAUGAUUCCGAAUCCACGGCUACAGAAGCUACACGGAUCAGCUCCAGUCUCAGCACCUCUUCAACAUCAAUUGCGUCCUCGUCCACCUUCAAGACGAGCACCCGCAGGACGCUUAGUCGCUCCUCAACCACGACCGAUGAAGCCGAGCCCAGCACCACAGGCCCUUACUAUCCUCCCGAACCAACCUAUACGCCCUACAAGGCAUACGAACCUGAGAACGGGAAGAAGUCAAGCAUUGGUAUGCGAGGCCUGCACGCCUUCAAAAGCUUCUGGGAUAUCGAACAUAAGGACAUCGGCACGGAUAAGGCAGACGACGUAAAGCAUAAAGCGAAGAGAGCCAUGGUGAGUUUCCCAUUCGACCGUUGAUAUGACCCAAUGUACGUAGACAUAUAUUGACGGUUCUCUCUUCGCGAUGUAGGCUGGGCAAUGGUAUGUUUAGAUGGAUGGGUAUGUAUCGGCGUUG